AUGCCACGAACCAACAAUCUCAAAUUCGAGACUUUACUUAAAUGGUUGUACCAUUUGGAGUCAAGUUCGAGUUGUAAGGCGAAUUACUUUCCUCUUUGCCCGUCGAACUUAAGUUCUUUGACAUUCGAUUAUCUUGCUGACUAUUACUCCUUAAAAGAUGUUUCAUACGAUCCCGGUGACAUGGGCUUGUGUCCUCGAUUUCAUUGUUAUUGGCAUAAACCAUGGUUAACCAAAAGAUUGGUCACAAUGAGUGGCUUUGGAGUUGCCGGUGUUCUAUUAGGGAUAAUCUUAAUUGUCAGUCUAUUUAAUGGAAAACAAAUUAAUCAAGAAUCGAAUCGUUUGAUGCCGUCGGAUCCUGAACAGCAAUUACCACCAUCCUGGAGCAAAUUAAGGAUGUUCAAACAAGGAGCUGUUUGUGCAGAUGGAGCACCUUGUGCACUUAUUGGCAAAUCGAUGCUUGAUCGUAAUGGAUCUGCAAUUGAUGCAGCAAUUGCUUCACUGAUUUGUAACGGACUGAUUAAUAUGCAAAGUAUGGGGUUUGGCGGGGGCUUUUUAAUGACAAUUUAUGAAAGGGAGAAAAAGCAGGCUAUAGUAUUAAAUGCAAGAGACACUGCACCGGCAGCAGCACAUACACAUAUGUUUGAAGGAAAGUCAAAAUAUGCAUCACGAGCCGGUGGAUUAUCAAUUUUGGUACCUGGCGAGUUAGCUGGUUAUUGGGAGGCACAUCAGAGAUUCGGAAAAUUACCAUGGAAUGAACUUUUUCAGCCAAGUAUUGAUCUCUGCGACAAAGGAUAUAAUUUAACCAAAGUUCAAUAUGACGGUCUUAAUUAUAAUGUCUCUAAUAUCUAUCAAGAUUCAAUGUUAAAGGAAAUUUUUGUGAAUAAAGAAACUGGUGAAUUUUACAAACCUGGAUCAAUAAUUCGACCAAAAACAUUGUGCCAAACAAUGAGAACGGUAGCAGAGAAAAAUGCGACAGAAUUUUAUAAUGGAACAUUGGGUAAAUUAUUAGUAGAAGAUAUUCAAAAACGUGGCAGUAUUAUAACUAUAAAGGAUUUAAAUGAUUAUAGAGUUAAGUGGCAAGAACCAGUAGCGACGAUACUCGAUGAUGGGACGAAAGUUUAUACAACAGGUCUUCCAGGAAGCGGAGGUUUGUUAGCUUUUAUGCUAAAUGUAUUGAAUGAAUUUCAAUUUUCACCAAUUGAUCUCGCCGAUACAAAAUCUAUUAUAAGAACAUAUCAUAGAAUUAUAGAAACAUAUAAAUACGCUUACGCUCUUAGAACACAAUUGGGUGAUGUUAAUUUAUCUGUAUUGUUUCGACACUUAACAUCAAAAGAAUAUGCUCGUUCAGUAAGAAUGAUGAUAAGCGAUAAUAAAACAUGGUAUGAUCCUGUUCAUUAUGGUGUGCAAAAUUUAGGAAAUAUUCAAGAUCACGGUACAGCACAAAUAUCUGUCAUUGAUCAAAACGGAAAUGCAGUUUCUGUCACUAGUUCCAUAAAUAUAUACUUUGGAAGUGGAAUUAUGAGUAAGAGAACAGGAGUUUUAUUAAAUAGUGGGAUGGAUGACUUUGGUUUUCCAGGCAUAAUAAAUUACUUUGGUAUACCUUCUAAUCAAAAUAAUUAUAUUGCACCAGGAAAAAGGCCAUUGUCAUCGAUGAGCCCAACAAUACUAACUGAUAGCAAUGGAGAUGUUAAAAUGGUAAUAGGAGCUGCUGGCGGCACUAAGAUUACAACAUCAAUCGCUUAUGUAAUAGCAAGACACUUAUGGAUGGGAAACUCCAUUAAGGAAGCCGUGGAUGCUCCCAGAAUACAUCAUCAACUUAUUCCCAUGGAAGUUUCUUAUGAAUAUGGUGUACCGAAGUCAGUAAUUGAUGGAUUAAAAGCCCUUGGACACAAAACUUCACGCUACAGGGAUCGUGGUAGCGUUGUAUGCAUACUCAUCAGAAAUAACAACACAAUAUAUGCAAAUGCUGAUUAUCGAAAAGGUGGCGACGUUUACGGGAUUGGCGAGAAAACAUUAAUUAGUUCUAAAUCGCUUAAAUAAUUUUAUUGAAUUAUUUAUUAUAAAACUCG